GAGGAGCGAGUGGGGUGCGCGUAGCGUGCGUGGCUCGCUGGCCUGGAAGCGGUGGACCUGCGAGGUGUGCAGGCGAGUUGAGCCGUGAGAGCUUUCGGCGGCCAUGGCCCCCAACGCGCCCGCGGCCGAAUCGCCCCAAGAGUGCCCUAAAGGCAUCCGGGCCGUGCUGCUGGGGCCGCCCGGAGCUGGCAAGGGUACCCAGGCACCCAGAUUGGCUGAGAACUUCUGUGUCUGCCAUUUGGCUACAGGAGACAUGCUGAGGGCCAUGGUGGCUUCUGGCUCAGAGUUGGGAAAAAAGCUGAAGGCAACUAUGGACGCCGGGAAACUGGUGAGUGAUGAAAUGGUAGUAGAGCUCAUUGAGAAGAAUUUGGAGACCCCUCCAUGCAAGAAUGGGUUUCUUCUAGAUGGCUUCCCCCGGACUGUGCGGCAGGCAGAAAUGCUUGAUGACCUUAUGGAGAAGAGGAAAGAGAAGCUUGAUUCUGUGAUUGAAUUCAGCAUCCCAGACUCUCUGCUGAUCCGGAGAAUCACAGGAAGGCUGAUUCACCCCCCAAGUGGCCGUUCCUACCACAAGGAGUUCAACCCCCCAAAGGAACCCAUGAAAGAUGAUAUCACUGGGGAACCCUUGAUCCGCAGAUCAGAUGAUAAUGAGAAUGCUUUGAAAAUCCGCCUGGAGGCCUACCACACUCAGACCAUCCCUCUGGUGGAGUACUACAGGAAAAGAGGAAUCCAUUCUGCCAUCAACGCAGCCCAGACCCCUGACGUUGUGUUUGCGAGCAUCCUAGCAGCCUUCUCCAAAGCCACAUCCUAGUAACAGAAGGCCAGGCGAGACUGCACCCCUGCUCAUCACCCCGCGGCGUGAUCCCUGCUGUUAGGUGCUGGGCAAGGGGGGAGGGAUGGUCAGGGUGAGGGUGGAGAGGGAAGGGUGUGAGGGGCUCCAAAGGACUACUGGAAAAGCAGGGUGCUGUAGGGAGGCGGCUUCUGUCACACAUAGUAGGAGUCUUAAAAAGUAGAAGUAAAGGGGAAAAUUAAUAUUUUAAAAAACUGAUUAGAGGGUAUAAGUAGAAAUAGGAAGAUACAGUAUUAUUUCUAAGGAAUCGAGUUUUUGUUGACUCGGGACUGGUGACAAUAUUUUUUAAAGCCAAUGCCCUGAAACCUCAGCUUUUAUCUCAGAACCUCAUGGGUUGCCAAUCCAAGAAUGCAGGAAAUCGAACUCUCGUCCAGUCUUCCUAAAGCUUGGAACAGCAAGGGUUCAACUACUGACCUUAUACCAUGAGGUCAAAAAAUCAUCUACACAUUUGAAACAGAUACAGGGUGUGUUCAUGGGGGCAGUGACUCAGCAAAUCGGGUUUACUGGCGCCAUGGGGAAGGUGAGGCAGGCUGGUCUCUCUCCGAUUCGCUGUGGGUUUCUCGUGCGGCCUGCUCUCAGCAGCCAGCCAGCACGUGCCACUCUGCUGUUGCUCUUGCGUCUUCCAUCCGUGGUGUUGGAAGGGACCCUUUUGAACAAAUAAGCAAGUGUCUUAAGCAACAUCAUCCAAAGAUUGUCCUUCCCAUCCUCCAAUCCUGUGCCUGGGAUCACUCAACAACACUGUGACACAGUAUUUUCAAUGAGGUGCCUUUCUGAACUGACCAAAUGCUGCCUUGUUGGCCUCUGAACCAAUAAAGUAUGUUAAAAGUU